AGCUCCCGUGUGUGCGGGAGGCAACCGGGAGGCGCUGGCCCCGCCAGUGGGCGUUCUCUGCCGGCCGGGCUGCAGCCGGAGCGGCACUGCAGUGCUGCCAUCGGCCUCCUCGCAGGCGCGCACGCACGUACGGGGCAACAUUGGCCUCGCUCGAAGCGAACGCGGGCUCUUGCCCUUCUCUUGCUUUGAAGGCGAGGUGGGAGCAUGAGGAAAAGCGGACUUUAAAAGGGGAUCGGAACCGCUCGGCGGUCUGUAGCGCCCUGUCCCCCCUCUCCUGCUAAAGGGGGAACGGAAAUGUGAGGAUUUUAAGCGGGCAGGGAGCCGGGGUGCGGAGGAAACGCUGCCGGGGGGUUGCUGGAGGGAGCGAAGGACAGGACGGCGGCCGCCCCUCCUUUGGCUCCGUCCUUUUUUCGGCUUCCCCUUUCGCUUUCUGCCGGCAUCCCUCUAGACGUCCUGCCUUAAACUGCCGCGAAAGGGAGGGAAGAGCGGAAGCAUGUCCAACCCGGAGAAGCGGAUCUUAUCCCGCCCCUCAGCCCCCCUGGCUGCAGCACCCGGGGAAAAGCCCGGCUCCGGCAGCCGCCCGCUCCACUCCCAUGGCCAGGGCGACGGAGGUGGAGGCAGCGGCGGGUCUCCUCCUCCUCCCCCCGCUCCUGGAGGCGGCACGGCUGCCUGCAGCUCCCUCUCUUUCCUCCUGACAGCCGCCACCAGCAGCACGAGCCGCGCUGCAGGGACAGCCUCCUCCGCCGCCUCCGCCAGCAUCGUUCCCGGAGCGGCGGCGGCUCCUUUCCUCGCUCCAAUCCCCUCCUUUUCCUCCGCUUCUCCAUCUUCUUUUUACUUCUUGCCGCCGCCUCCUCGUUUCCCCUCCUUGUCUUCCUUUAACCUCACGAGUCUCCAAGGGAGGGAAGGAGGAGGAGAGGCAGCGAGAGCGGCGGGAGGAGGAGGAAGAGAUGUUGGCGGAGCAGCAGCAGCAGCAGCUCACUUGAUCGCCCAUCCAGGCGGCAGCGGCAGGAGGAGACUCUUCUGUUCUUCCUCCAUCCAGGGCUUGCUGCUCCGUUCCGCAGCCGGCGGCCCCCAGCAGCACCACUCCCGGCUCCUCCUCUCUCCAGCCGCCUCUCGCCCGUGGUCCUGCAAUUCCCUGGGUGCUGCAGCAGCCCGCGGCGACGGGAUCCGAGGAGGCGACGGCCCCGGCGGGAGCAGGACUCCUAGGCGGCAGCAGCGGCAGAGAGGCGCCUUCUUCUCCUUCUCGUCUCCCCUGCUCCUAGGGCCAGACAUGGAAGAUGGAUCUAAUUCUGCAAGCUGCUUUAGAAGGUUUACGGACUGUUUCUUGAACACAAGUUUAACAGAUGAAAAAGUGAAGGCCUAUCUUUCUCUUCACCCCCAGGUACUGGAUGAGUUUGUUUCAGAAAGUGUAAGUGCAGAAACUGUGGAAAAAUGGCUACAAAGGAAAAAUAACAGACAGGAAGGUGAAUCGACUCCUAAAGAAGUCAGCAGGUACCAGGAUACAAAUAUGCAAGGUGUAGUGUACGAAUUGAACAGCUACAUAGAACAGCGCCUGGAUACAGGAGGAGAUAACCAACUACUUCUGUAUGAAUUAAGCAGCAUCAUUAAAAUAGCUACAAAAGCUGAUGGAUUUGCACUAUAUUUCCUGGGAGAAUGCAAUAAUAGUCUGUGUAUAUUUACACCACCAGGAGCUAAAGAAGGACAUCCACGGCUCAUUCCUGCAGGGCCCAUCGCACAUGGCACUACAGUAUCUGCUUAUGUAGCCAGAUCCAGAAAAACGUUGUUAGUAGAAAAUAUUCUGGGGGAUGAGCGAUUUCCCAAAGGUACUGGACUGGAAUCAGGGACUCGUAUCCAAUCUGUUCUGUGUUUGCCAAUUGUCACUGCAAUUGGUGAUCUGAUUGGGAUCCUGGAGCUUUACCGUCACUGGGGCAAGGAAGCCUUUCACCUUAGUCACCAAGAGGUUGCAACAGCAAAUCUUGCAUGGGCUUCAGUAGCAAUACAUCAAGUACAAGUGUGCCGGGGCCUUGCCAAGCAGACUGAACUAAAUGACUUCUUGCUUGAUGUAUCAAAAACGUAUUUUGAUAAUAUAGUGGCAAUAGAUUCUCUACUUGAACAUAUAAUGAUAUAUGCAAAAAACCUGGUGAAUGCAGAUAGAUGUGCACUCUUCCAGGUUGACCACAAAAAUAAGGAGCUGUAUUCAGACCUUUUUGAUAUUGGGGAAGAAAAUGAUGGGAAACCUGUCUUCAAGAAGACCAAAGAAAUAAGAUUUUCUAUAGAAAAAGGAAUAGCUGGUCAAGUGGCAAGAACAGGAGAAGUCCUUAACAUCCCUGAUGCCUAUGCAGAUCCACGCUUUAACAGAGAAGUAGACCUCUACACAGGCUACACAACCAGAAAUAUCCUGUGCAUGCCUAUUGUAAGCCGAGGAAGUGUAAUAGGUGUUGUGCAGAUGGUGAACAAAAUAAGUGGAAGUGCCUUCUCUAAAACUGAUGAGAACAACUUUAAAAUGUUUGCAGUCUUUUGUGCUUUAGCCUUACACUGUGCUAAUAUGUACCACAGAAUUCGCCAUUCAGAGUGUAUUUACCGUGUAACAAUGGAGAAGCUAUCCUACCACAGUGUUUGUACAGCAGAAGAGUGGCAAAACCUCAUGCACUGUACACUGCCUCCACAUAUUUAUAAAGAAAUUGAACUAUACCACUUUGAUAUCAGUCCGUAUGAAGAUGUCUGGCCUGCCAUUUUUGUCUACAUGGUUCACCAGUCCUGUGGGACAGCCUGCUUUGAACUUGAAAAGCUAUGCCGAUUUACUAUGUCUGUAAAGAAGAAUUAUCGCCGUGUGCCCUACCACAACUGGAAGCAUGCAGUUACCGUUGCACAUUGCAUGUAUGCCAUACUUCAGAACAACCAGGGGCUUUUCACUGAUCUAGAGCGAAAAGGUCUUUUAGUUGCAUGUCUGUGUCACGACCUGGAUCACAGAGGUUACAGCAACAGCUAUCUUCAGAAAUUUGAUCACCCUUUAGCUGCUCUCUAUUCCACAUCAACAAUGGAACAGCACCACUUCUCACAGACUGUGUCUAUCCUGCAGCUGGAAGGGCACAAUGUCUUCUCCAAUCUGAGCUCCAGUGAAUAUGAGCAAGUACUUGAGAUCAUCCGGAAAGCCAUCAUUGCCACAGACCUAGCAUUGUAUUUUGGAAAUAGAAAACAGCUUGAAGAGCUGCAUCAGAAUGGAGCAUUAAACCUGAAGAACCAAACACACAGAGAUAGAGUGAUUGGUCUGAUGAUGACCGCUUGUGAUUUGUGUUCUGUAACAAAGUUGUGGCCAGUUACUAGACUGACAGCCAAUGACAUAUAUGCGGAGUUCUGGGCUGAGGGUGAUGAAAUGAAGAAAACAGGUAUUCAACCUAUUCCUAUGAUGGACAGAGACAAGAAAGAUGAAGUCCCUCAGGGGCAGAUUGGGUUCUACAAUGCAGUAGCCAUCCCAUGUUACACCACACUUGCACAGAUCUUUCCUCCAACUGGGCCACUGCUCCGAGCGUGUAGGGACAAUCUCAACCAAUGGGAGAAAGUAACGAGAGGUGAGGAAGCCUCUAUAUGGAUUCCCUCCCAGUCCAUUGCUCCUGGGACCUCAGAUUCACUUCCUGUGAAAAUUGAUGACUGAACAGCAGCAACACAUUGCUUUAACCUGAAAAGCAUCCCCUUUUGUUUUGGAGGUUGUUUUUGUUUUGUUUUGUUUUGUUUCAUUUUUAUUCGGGUGGAAAAAAAAAAAAAAGGAAAUAAAAGCUACAGAAUGCUAAGAAGCAGAUCUGCCUAGGAAGGUAACACCCAUGGAGUUACCUCAGCUAAAUGACUCCGGCAGCCAGUCUCCAGACCUACACCAGUGACACAACAUGAACAGAUGGAAAUCGACAAACCCAGAUGUUUUGGAAUCAGCUAUUAAAAGAGAACUUACGACUUGUGAAUAUAAAAGACUGGCCUUAUCUCAUGGGCUACAUUGCUGAGGCCUUAAUUUAAAACUGAGGGGUGGGGGGGAAUCUUAGGGGGUACUUCUAAAUUGUAUCUUUCUAGUAAGGGUUUCAAUGGUACUUUUAUUAUACCGUACUGUGGCUGGCUUUAACACCAGUGUCACUUGGGAUUUCUUGGCUAUAAAUAGAACAAUAUACCCAUUGCUAUUGUGAAUGUUUAUGUGUGAUCUACUUGUAAUCAGUUUGAACUCCAGCAGAAUCCUCGGAGACUAUAACUCAUGCUUAGGUUACGUGAAUUCUUUUGCUGCAAACUACAGGAAAACCAACAUUCAGGUUUAAGGUUUGAAGUACUUCAUUUGGCAUCAUGAUGCAAAUUGUCUGUCACUCACAAGGCAAACGUUGAAAGAACUAGUCUAGUGAUGGUGCUUUGUUCUUCAGAAUGAUUUAUAAACCUAGACAACUCCUCUCUUAAAACACUGGAAGUACUGGAUGUUUAUCUCCAAUAUGAGAGAGAGAGUUUCAGGUUGGAGUUUUUGUAUUCACAGUGACAGAAGUAUCAUAUUCAAAUUUAAAUAUGACAGCAAAGAUUUCCUUGCCUAGCUCACAAUUAAUUAAAGUCAUAAUUUUUAUUUCUACCUGCUGAAUUGUAUUUUAAAAGGUGUUAUAGGCAUACCUAGAGUAUGCUGUCUGCUGGGAACAAAAGCCUUGUCAGAAAAGCCAGGUCUGAUAAGAGGGAUUGUGGUACCAUCACAAUAAAUCAAAAAUGGUUUUGUAUUGACUUGCUUUUGUGUUGCGCAGUAACACUGCAUGUCUUCUACUUCUCUCUUCCCCCUCCCAAGAAGAGUGAAAUUAAGAAACUUCUCCAUUUGUUUGCUUUUUUCACCUAGCUCAGCAAAAUUUCCAGGCUUAGAACUACCUUUCUCAAUGAAAGAAUAGCUGACUGAAGUAAAAUAUUGUGUUUACAGUUCUGUGCUGACUUAGGCUUCAGCCUUACGAACUUAUGCACAGACUUCAAGACAUUAUGUUUAAUGACACUCUUUUAAAUUUAGUGCAAUUGUACAGAGUAUGUUCAGCCACUUAAUUUGCCUUCAUUUCUCUCUUAAAAGUAGUGAGAAAAACCUUUUCAUAUUGAUCCACACAGUAGGUGAAAACAGUCGUUUCAUACUUUUCACAUACAGCCUGUACUGUAUUAUACGCUUUUUCACAGAUUAUACACUCUUGUAGUGGUUCCGUGAUAACACAGCCAUUUGUGUAACUGAAACAAAUCAUAGUAGUGACUUAAAGACAGAACACAGGUUCUGGUUUUCCACCUCUGUUGAGCUGUAUAAGCUCUAAUAAGCAUGCCAUCUUAUGGGUUUCAUGUAAAUGACUUGGACUCUUGAGUUUUGCCUUUUGAUAUGGUCGAGCACAUACCAGUGUCUGUAUAUGUGUACAGUAUGUGAUCCAUAAUCACAUAAUGUAUAAAUGCAUCUAGGCCUUUGCAGCACAUGGCUAUCCCAGGGGAUGAGAAUUCAGUGUGAACUUAUUUGUAUGGUACAGAUUACCUGGCAGCAACACCGUAAUUUUUUUCAGCUUGCUUUGCCAAUUCUAAGUGCAGAAAUUAAUUGUCAACCACAGCAAACUUUUGCAUUAUUGUUAUUCAGUUCUUGAAUAAUAAUAAAAAAAUGGCAGGAAACAAUUGCACCAAAGUAGAGUGAAUAGUAUCUCAUGCUGUGUCCUCUGCUUUACUCCUUAGCAGUUCUGUUCUAACUAAAUCUUGUAGAUUCAACCUUUUAUCCACUAAGUACUUGAGACACAAUCCACAGUUCCUAAUAUUUACAUGAAGAAUAUCCAAAUCUAGAGUUCACAUACCCCAACAACUGGAUGCAGUAGUUUUCCUUUAUGGGUUAAGUAUAUUUGCUAUUAUUCUCCCUCUUUGAAUGCUGAUCUUACAAGCAUUGCAAGAAUAUUCCUCAUCACACUGUGUGUGUGUUACAUAAAGCUUUUAAUUAAUCUUUUACUCAUUGACAGUAAAGAUAACUUCACUAGUUACAUUAGCAGUCAAAAUGUUUGGCAGUAUUUCAUAAUAUUUUAUGGUUUGAAGUUUAUAUAAGUACUGAUACAGAACAUGUUGCCUAACAAAUUUGUCAAAUUGGCAUUAAGUUGUUCUCUUAACUUCUCAAGUCAAUCAAGUGUUGUUUCUAAUAUACAAUAUCCAAACCACAUUAAAAAUAUGUUUGCUGUAGAAAAAUGUCCAUUAGAAUUAAAAAUUUUGGCUCCAGUAGUUGUGGUUUGGUUUGGUUUCCUGGUGUGUGAAAGGAGAAAGGCAAUGGCAAAAUAAAAGUUUUUGUUAGCACCUAGACCAACAAAAAUAGCCACAAUGGGCUGUAUUUUCUAAGCAAAUUUAGUGUGUCAUAGCAUUUACAGAGUGCAGAUUCUGAUGUGUAAAUUUUUUGUUGGAACAACCUUAUACCUGCACUUCCAAUGUCAAGCCCACGAAAAAUUAAAAUCUUUGAAGCUGCAUUUGAGUAUCAUGGCUCAAGUACAUAUUGGGAUUUAGUUGUUCAAACUUCUGAAUUUAGGCUUACAGAUAGAUCUGUAAGACAUCUAGCUCAUCAAGUUCAAAUGCUAAAAGUAAUGUUUCCCUCUAUUUUUUUCCUGCUAAAACUAGUCUUGCCCAAGAUCAAUAAGAAUGUACAAAAAACUCCUAACGUUUCCUGGUAGCGUUGGACUUUAUACUCCCAGAACUGCAUUAUUUUUGUUAAUAAUUGCAAUUGUUUUUUUCCUUCUAACCCAGUAAAGGUAAAGGGACUGUUUGAAGCUAUAUCUGAGCAUUUAUAAUGUAUUAUGAAGAGGUGCCUGAAAGGUAUGCUGUGAGAUCAAUAGUUGACCUAGCAUGAAUACUCAACUGAGAUUUUGCAUAUUCUAUUACACAACUGACAAACUCCAUUACUAUAAUUUAUGAAUUUUCUAAGGUAGUGCAACUUUCUGCUGUAAGUGUUCAACUCACGGCAGUAUUUUUUUAUAAGUGACCGUUAGAGAAAUACUAGUAUGUUUUUUUUAGUUGGAGUAUGUGAUAAAACAUAUUUACAUUGGAGGGGACAUGCAGUGUGGAAUUAAUUUUUUUAUGUGGCACAGAUUUCUUUUAUGUGUUUAAACUUAGAACAGUGUGAUCAGUUUGCUGUGACUGCAUUUAGAAUAUUUAGUGUUAAAAUUGUAGAGAUAGCAAAUAGCACUAUUUAUGUUUAAAAAUAGAAACCGUUAGAUGCUCAAAACAAUUAUGACCCUCUUGGAAUAAUGCAUUUGCCUCAAACACUGUGAUAUAGGAACAGUUCUCUAAAGUGGAACAAUUAAUCUGUUCAUUUCAAACACAGAAAAGGCUUUCUGCACACUAUUACAAGGAAGUUCAUGUUCAAACUUUAGGUUAUAGAUCCCAAUCUAGCAAAGGCACAUCAUAACUCUUGUUUUGCUUCCUGACCAAAAACUGUGCUCGAUUGUAAUACGGGUGUAUACUCUGUCAAAAACGCUAAAAUAACGGACUGCUUUCUAGGGUAGAUCAAACUGAUUUGUAGAGUAGAUUCAUAUAUAUUCAAAAUUCAGGUUGGGCUGUUAUGUGAAGAAGAAAGGACUUCAAGGUAACAACAUUCAACUUUAAUACAUUUAGUGAGCUGAAAAAAUUGUUUUAUAUAUAUAUUUACACACACACACACACAUAUAUAUAUGAUACAUAUAAACUAUCUUUGUAAAAAAAAGCAAAAAAAAUAUGCAAGUGCAAUAAUUUAAAGAGGUCUUAACUUUGCAUUUAUAAAUUAUAAAUACUGUACAUGGUGUGUAAUUUUUUUCAUGUAUUCAUUUGCAGUCUUUGUAUUUAAAAAACAAACCUAAACCUUUACUAUUACGUUUGUACAAUAGAACAGUAAGCAUUUAUUAUGAUAUAGUUAAGUUGUAAAUAAAUUCACAAACCAAACAGCCAGUACAUAUGCAUAUAUGGGUGUCCUAUUGUGAAACCUGUUUUUGCUUUUACUGCUGGCUUUAGCACAGCAAGACUACUUCUGUGGAUAUGUAAUUAUACAUAUAUUUAUAUGUAUGAUACAUAAAAUUUAUUUAGAAAUGUUCAUAAUUUUAAUGGAUACAUCUAUACAUAUUCUUUGGUGUGAAUAUUACUGAAUACAGAGUUUUUUAAUAUUAUUUUUCAUGUUUAUUUUUGAUAUUAUUGGGAGUGGAAGUGAGGGAUGGGAAGGGUGUGUGCAUAUGUGUAUGUUUAUACCACAAGUAAUCCACAGGAGAAAUGGAAUCAAAGCAUAGUGUCGUCCUUUAAAAAGAUAUUACCUGGUUUUCCCUGUAAUUGCAGUUUACUGCCUAUGGUCUGUUUUCCCAACAUAAGUUCAUUCUUUUAUAAAUAUAUAUAUAUAUAUAUUUCAUCACCUAUUGCAAAUUCACAUUGUCACAAAUCACAGAGAGAUGCACUUUCCCAUUUGCUUUCAUGCUGCCAGAGAACUUACCUUGCGGUUAACAGAUAAUUUCACACAAAUCCUUGCAUUGCCAUCGCCAAACAGCAAUGCAGCUAAUGCAAAAAUCAUUUGCUACCUUCUGGGAAUUACAGAGAUACUCAAUUGCUGAAUUGUACAAAAGUAAUCCUGCACCCAAAUUUUUCAGUUUAGUACAAAUCAACAUUGUUGCCAAGGCCCUGAAAAUACAAGGUAGGUUCAGGGAACUGUAAAACAAAGUUCUGAACAACACAUUAGCAGAACAAAAAUGAGAAAAAAAAAUCCUGUAUAUUUAUCUACCUAAUACAAUCUCUAAAGAUCUCUUGCACUGUUCAUGCUCUGUAAACAGGUUAUUUGCUAUUUAUAGAUAUCAGAGUGGUCUUCCAUCUUUAUAAUCCUGCAUGACUCUUCCAUUCUUAGAGAAAGAUAUUCAGCCUGGCACAGAGAGUACAACCUCAACUCUGUGUCUGGCCCUCAGCAUGGCCUCCAGUUGUUCCUGGUAUUCCUCCUUAGUGAAGGAAUUCAGCAUUGCUAGGGCGACUUGGCCAGAAAGUGUUCCACAGAGCAAUUGUUUUGCUUCAACUACAGCAUGCAGUUGUCAAAAACAAGCUUUACGAGCUAUACCUGGGUAUGUGCUGCUAUGACCGGCCCUUCCAGAAUGCUCUGUUUGCCGCAACGGAUGUGCUGCUAGGACUAACUUUCAUGAUGAAACAGGAACUGCACUGACAUUUAAUGCAAUUUUUUUUCAGGUUUUAUUCAUUUAAGUUAAAACUUUCUGAAUUAUUUUAAAGGACAGGCAAUACAAGAAGAAUGUUUCUGUGAAUACUAUUAAUUUGGUCUUUACUACUUGUUUCUUUAUUGUUACGAGGAACUGUAGGCAGAAGUCAGUUAAUGACUUUCUGGUCAAGCUUUUCAAAUUGAUGGCACGCAAUCACAUGCCUUUUUAUAUUUUUCUGCUUGUUAUGCAGACUUAGUUCUUCUAGCAGAGGAUGGUGCUUCACCAUUGAUGGUAACUGACCAGUCAAUAUUCUUUUCUUAACAUUUUUAGCCCUUUGUCAUCGUCAAAGGCUUAGAAAAAUGAAUCCCUGAACAUAUUCCCUUGUAGAUAUUGGAAAAUGUAAAUAUAAAAACACCUUAACUGAAGCUCAGUGAAGUUUAGGGAGGAAAGCAUUUCUGUUUGUUUUGAGGAACUUUGAAUUAGGCUUAUUUAAAUGUGUCUGAGUGCUCUGCAAGAUCAUGUGCUGAUUUGGGUUGGUUGUAAGGUGGAUUUCACCUGCUCAAGAAGUGUUGAAGAUUACUUUGUUGUAAUUAUUUUGCUAAAGACAAUUAAUCAGGAGAAAUUCUACUUCCUAAAUUUUGAGUCCCUCAGGCUAAGGAGAAGAGGGGUUUUUUUGAUGUGUUUCACUAGUACUCUACUAAGAUCACUAGUGCUCUAGGAAGAGCUACCUGUACUGCAGAUGUUGCUUAUGCAGGUGAAGAUCUUUGUCUCUGGGUCAAGAAUGAGUUAGAGAGAAAUGCUUUAGAAGGUACUUUUUUUUGUGUGUGAGACUGGUUGUUUAAAAGUCUUCUAAAAGGGCAAAGCUGAAACUCAAGAACUUUGAAAAGAUUUAAUUAUAUCAAGUACAGUUUUACUUUCCUGUGUUUUUUGUUUGUUUGCAACAUUGCUGGAAGGGCUAAAUGAUUUUCACCAACAUUAUUUCUCUUUUUUACUGCAGUGUAAACCUUGUGAAUAUAGGUGAGAGCAUGAUGUUUGUAGAGCUACUCUGUUCCUUGAGCUGUAUUUAUGCUGCUUAUGGAAGAAACAUAAGUUGUUAACAAACAGUAUCCAAUAAGCAAAUGGAAAUUAAAAAGUAAAAAUAAAUAUAAAAAUUGUAAAAUACAAAAAAACCUCAAGCCCAAAAAGGAACUUCUAGAAGCAUCUAAGAGAGUCAAGAUCUGUCAGACGCCUUUAAAAAUUUUGUUAUUGAUGUUAGUAGCAGUGGUAAAUAUGGUGUAAUUAUGAAUAUGGGUAGUUUUGAAUUGGUGCUGAUGCACAAGUUUUUUAAAAGAAAUAGUAUGAUAACUAACAUUAGUUUCCAGCUAAUGAAGUCCAAGUUGUUUCCUGCUUCUGACUUGUGGAAGGGAAAAUAAGUAUUCAAUCGUCGGUAUGUUUUACAUCUCCUGACAAAAAAUCUCACCUUUCUGAAAAAAAAUGAAGUUUCUUGUGUGACUACCUUGGGGAAAAGGCCAGAGACAUGUAACUUUGCUCUUAACAUGGAAAUGUACUGAGGCUGGCAGGGAAGCUUUCCGUUGGAAAGACAAUGGACAUCUGUUAAGAUGCUACUUAUGGACUUGAGGGAAUGAGGUUUUUCUGUAACAGAUUUCCAUUAUGACCUUGUGCAAGCUGCCCAACACUAGAAGGUUUUGAUUUUCAUUAACUUAUUUAAGCCUCUAAACACUUUUUUGCUUGGAAAUAUCUCUGGUUACAUGUAGUCCAGAAAUCAAAAUAUAUGUAGAGGUAAUUAGGUGGUGACCUGAUAUUAUGUAUGAUGGUGUUUGCUUUCCUCUCAGAUGAGGUCAAAUAUCACAGAGCUCUGAUGCCAUCACAUGAUGAGUACCAUGGGUUAGUUCCUCCUUUUACAUUUUUAAAAGUUUGAAAUCCUUUAUUAAACACAGUAGCAGAUUUUAUUUUAAAUCUGUGCUGACUUCUAAGUAAGGGCUAGUGGCAAAUGGUUUUAAGUACCACACCUCUAUAGUUCUUGUUCCACAGCCAUUCUGCAGGGUCCAGGGCUGCUGGGAGUGGAAUGGUUAAUUCCUCUGUUUCUCUAAAUGAUCUGUAUCAGCUCUAGAAAAAUGUCCUCUGAAAUCCCUUCUCCUGUCCCCACCAGAGCAUUACUAUCAGAGCUAGCAGUCUUUUACUGGUGAUAUACCAGAAGCAUUAGUGAACUAAGUGCAUGGUCCAUCAAGCAAACCUAAAGAACUUCCACAUUGGGCCUAAGAGCUAAUCCAGGGUAUCUGCUAAUAUAGUUUUGAUUCUUAUAUGUACAAGAACAGCAGCCUUUGUUUAGUUUGUCCUUAACCUUUGCAAUGCAAACAGAUCAGGGGGAGUGAAUCUAGUGUUUAGAGAUGCUUGCCAUUCUAGCUGAUGAGGCACCCAUUGACCCAUUGAAGACUAUCCCUGUCCCUCACCACAAGGCAUAUGAACCCCAAGACCGCCAGUCGCGAAAAGCAAUGUGUACUGUACUGCAGACUUAAAAGAA